AUGUCGGCUGCUAUGCCCAUUAAUCCAAAACCAUUUCUUAAUGGUUUGACUGGUAAAGCGGUCAUAAUAAAACUAAAGUGGGGUCACGAAUAUAAAGGAUAUUUGGUUUCCGUUGAUGGCUACAUGAAUAUGCAGUUGGCCAAUACCGAGGAACAUACCGCGGAUGGUCAAGUGACAGGAAAUUUAGGGGAAGUUCUCAUACGUUGUAAUAACGUAUUAUAUAUAAAAGGCGUAGACGAUGAGGAUGAGGAGGGUGAAAUGAGAGAUUAAAGUUACAUAUGAACAAAAAGUGGAAAUCCCAAGAUCGUUGAUAAUCUUUCAGCAGGUUUUUAGAAUUAAGUUAUGUAGUCUGAAUAUAAUUAAAAUUUGUAUUAGAAUUUUAAUAAAAAUUUAAAAAUAUAUA